AUGUUGCUCGUAAUGUAUCCUACCGUAUUCCUUGGCUGUGACAAUGACGGCGUGUUUGAUUUUAGACCGGCCGUGGCGCGCCAGCAGUCAGCGCCGACCCUGGUGUUUAGGCGGCUGGCGGAUGAAGAUGACGAGCUCUCUGAGGUUCAACCUGACGCUGUACCACCCGAAGUACGAGAAUGGCUGGCGUCGACCUUCACGAGGCAGCUGGCGACGUCGAAAAGAAAGUCCGACGAAAAGCCGAAGUUCAGAUCAGUUGCACACGCCAUUAGAGCGGGAAUAUUCGUGGACAGAAUCUACAGGCGGGUCACAAGUACAGCUUUAAUGCAGUUUCCGCAAGAUGUCGUUAGAGUCUUAAAGACAUUGGACGAAUGGUCCUUCGACGUGUUUGCCCUUCACGAAGCGUCUUCAGGCGCACCUGUGAAGUACCUGGGAUACGAACUUCUGAACAGAUACGGAAUGAUCCACAAGUUCAAGGUGCAGUCAACAAUCCUGGAGAACUUCCUCAGUAGGAUAGAAGAGGGCUACUGCAAAUAUCACAACCCUUACCACAAUAAUCUCCACGCCGCAGACGUCUCACAGACCGUGCACUACAUGCUCUGUCAGACCGGACUCAUGAACUGGCUGUCAGACCUUGAGAUUUUCGCAACACUGGUGGCGGCGAUUGUACACGACUUCGAGCACACGGGCACCACCAACAACUUCCACGUUAUGUCCGGUUCAGAGACUGCACUGCUGUACAAUGACCGAGCUGUUCUGGAAAACCAUCACAUUAGCUCUGCUUUCAGGCUAAUGCGUGACGAAGAGUGCAACAUCUUACAAAAUCUUUCACGCGAUGAGUUCCGCGAGUUCCGCACGCUCGUGAUCGACAUGGUGCUGGCCACCGACAUGUCGUUCCACUUCCAGCAACUGAAGAAUAUGCGCUCGCUGCUCUCUCUCGCUGAGCCAACCGUCGACAAGUCCAAGGCAGUGUCCCUCGUGCUUCAUUGCUGCGACAUAUCGCACCCUGCUAAGAGGUGGGAUCUCCAUCACCGAUGGACUAUGAGCUUGCUCGAUGAAUUUUUCCUACAAGGAGACAAGGAACGUGAGCUGGGUCUGCCUUUCAGUCCCCUCUGCGAUAGAAACAAUACUCUUGUAGCGGAAUCUCAGAUCGGUUUCAUUGAAUUCAUCGUGGAGCCUAGCAUGACAGUCUGCGCUGACAUGCUGGAAUGCAUAUUAGGACCGUUGCAUUCCAAUGCAAAGAACUCUUCCAGUACCAGUGGUCAAGAGUCCAUCAGUGAAGAGAGUUCAGGCGGAGAGGGGAGCAAUAAGUUUAAGAUAAGAAAGCCAUGGGUAGCUUGCCUCAGCGACAAUAAGAAGAUAUGGAAGGAGCAAGCUGCCAAAGAUGCGGAAGCCCGAGUAAUGCUGGAAGAAGAGAGCAAUGGAGUACAACCAGUAACAACGGAAGAAUAA